CACAUACAGACUAUAGUUCGUGGUUCAGACACCAACCUGCAUCAUUGAAACCUACAAUUUAUUUGCGUAUUAAAAAUAUAAAUAACAUAAUUCUACAAAUAUUUUAUAUUAUUGUUUUUUCGAAAAUGUUAAUUGUAUAUAAAUAUAUGCAAUAUUUUUUUUGUUAUCGGUAAAGAUUUAUUCGAAAUUAAAAUUUUAAGUAAUAAAUUUCUGUUAUUAAUAUAAUGUUAAACAAUGAUAAGCUACGGUUUACAGUUUUUGUUACAAUUUAACAAAUAACUGUUGUUAUGGACUUGUCCUUAUUGACAUUUGCGCGUGAACUAAUAAUUAAUUAAAAAGGAUAUUUUCACUGGUUUGGUUGCAAAAUUCGGUAAUGGGGAUUCUCAAUAAAAUUUUCACCGUCAAACAGUCUAAUGAUAGUCUGUUUGCUAUGUCAACUACUACUGUUUUCAUUACAACGUUACAAGAUGGGACUAUUGGUAAUAUUAUUAGCAAGGAUAGUCACGACCGUGAGUCCUGUAACUGAUACAAUUUACAAUGGUACUGCCUCAUCGGAGUAAUCAAACAGCGAUUAUUAUUAUUACUACGAUAACAAUUCUGAAAUGGCUUCUUUUAUACCGCUAAAUGGUACAACUCGACUGGAAGAACGAUUUGAAAAAUUAGCCUGCGAAUGGAUACCUGCUCAACAAAGUGUGUUUCAGUUUUCAAACUUUUGUUUUCUCGCUGCCUUUAUAGUUCCAAGAAGCUAUAAGCUUAGUGUAUUGUCUCUAAGGGCUUCACUAUUUUUAGGAUUUAUAUUGUCAAGUAUAUGGGCUUCCACGGAUGUCUGUGCCAUGGAUGCACUAAUUUGGUACUGUUUAAUGGCCUUGGUGAAUGGAGUGUAUACCGUCAAGCUAUGCAAAAAGUUUAUGCCUCCAACAUUAUCAACAGAGUUGAUGGAACUGUAUCUACGAGUGUUGAAACCGCUUAAAAUUAGUCAAAAACAUUUCCGAGAGCUUACUCGUGAAGCAUCUAUUAUGGAAUUGACUCCUGGACAAUGUUACGCUGUUGAGGAUGUCACUGCCAGCAAUGAACGCUUAUCAAUUUUACUCAGGGGCAGAUUCAACGUGACGUGUGAAGGUACUCAAUUACAUCACAUUAAUGCGUAUCAAUUUGUUGACUCACCUGAAUGGAUGGCUUCAUACCUCAUGCAUAGCGAACCAUUGUUUCAAGUUACUAUAACGGCUGCUGAAGAUUGCGUUUAUUUAUGUUGGCAGAUUCCAAAACUCAAUCGAAUUCUUCAACAUAGACCUCAACUUCUUGCGGUUUUUUCAAGUAUAAUAGGUAAAGAUGUCACACACAAAAUGUAUUCCCUGAAUGAACAGCUUGGACAAGCAAAGAGCUACGAUGAUCAAACACGCGCGGCUCACAAUGAUCAUUGGCGACAAGCAAUUUAUCGGAGUGUCAGUUUUGAUGCUUUGAAUACAGGAACUAAAGGUACAGUUAGAUCUGAUGCUUGGAAGCGAUACCGACAGCGCAAGACAUCCAUUUUUUCUUACAACAGUGAUGAUACAUCACGAGGUCAAAGAAAUCGAAAAUGUUGGAUUCCAAUUGUGUCUGCUACACAAAUAGCGACAAAUACACCAUUUAUGAGCAUGGAUGGCCAAUCAGGUACCACUUCAGGUACUGAUGAUGAAAAUGAAAUUAUAUUACCUGUACAAUCUGGUGAUAUUCCACUUUAUCGGCUUGGUGGAAAACAAUCAAUUGCACUAAUUCCAGUUGUCAUGCCAGUGGUACCAAACACCGCGGGACUAAAUCAUAAUGCUCAACGACUAGCUUCAAUGCGACGACAUAGUAGCCAUCAUAGCAACAGAGAAGUUAAAUUCAACGAGACAAUUUUAUAAAAUUACAAUUGUUGUAUAGCAUAAAAUAUGAAUUCAGUAUGCUGUGUAGGGUUUCGCCAAAAUAAAUUAAAAAAAAUAAAAAAGGCUCAAACAAAUUCACAAACAGUAUUAGGGGAAUUUGGAAUGUUACUUCAAUAUUCAAGUUAGAUCUUUUCCACUGGUUAAGUAUAAUUAAAUUUUUAAUUUAAAUAUUGGUUGAAAAUUCGUGUAAAACAAAUAAAGCUAAUCGUAUUUUAAAUAUUCGCCUUGAUGAUAGUUACGAGUUUACAAAUAGCUGUAAUUAAUGUUUUUUAACCGAGUAAUAUUAAUCAAUUAAAUUAUACAGUUGAAAUAUAUUGUAAUAUAGAUUAUUUUUGAGAAAAAUUUUAAUUCAUAUAAAUAAAUAUUUAUAAUUUAUUAAUUGAACUCUCAAAUGCUACGUAUUACGGCUUGAAUACAUAUCUGCUACCUAGACACCCGUCGAUGUUUAAUAAAUUCUUUUCACAUGAAAACAAAUGAUUGAGUUUGGAGCUUUUUGGUACUUCUUUUUAUCCACUCUAGAUAUCAGAGUAUUUCGAAAAAAAUGACAGAGUGGUGUCGUGCCACUCUUGCUUAAUUGUAAAUGUUUUUAAAUAGAAUUAAUCCUAUGAUAGUGUAAUUAGGAGAUUGCUAUUAUGUGCAUUGCUUUCUUAAAUAAAUAGGUGGAAUAAAGAGUUUUUAUGUUAGAUUGAAAGUCCAUAAAUAAUAAUUGAUGUACACCUUAAUUUACUUGCUUGACAAUCAUAUAAAGUGUGAUUUAUUAAUAAUACUACCCCCUGUAUUAUGGUUCAAUGAUUUUUUCAUAAAAAUUGUAAUUAUUUUUAUAAGCCAUAGCAAUUAUGACGUUUAUUGUAAGAAAAAGGUAUUUUUGAGAUAGAAUUUGAGGUUAACUCUCGAAAAGUAAAUUGGAGCCUAUCAUUGAUUUCAUAAAAUUUAAUGAAUACAAUUUUGACUAGUUUUGUAUUUAUAUUUUCUAAUACAAUUACGUAUUUUUAAAAUUAGGUGUUGUAUUGUUAAUAUAUCACACUGUAUAUACAGUAUUCAUCCGUUAACUAAUUUUUAUUGCACAUUUGUAUAGUGUAUUAAUAUAAUACGAUAGUUUCUUAUUUUUACGUUUAACUCAAUAUUGUUUUAAUUAUCUUAUUUAUUGAAUAAUAAUUUAAUCAUUAAUAAGAACAAAUUAAAUAUUCUAUUGCCAAUAUUAUAAGAAUUUUAAGUU